AUGCUAGAAAUUUUACUCCAUAUCACUCAUUAUUGGGGAUAUUGCACGAGCCUCGAUCGCAAGAUUUCUGAAGCGGACAGCACGAAGUAUGCCAGAUCCACGGACAGGUACAGUGGCACUUUGACUGUCACCCUGUGGCGCUCUUGGCGUCUUAAGGCAUCACGUGAGGAUACGUGCGGUAGAAUGGAAUUGCAACAUUUUGCCGUUACAUUGCGUGCGCAGUGCAAUACCCAAAUUGCAUCAUGUCUGCUAGAUCUUCGAAUUGGAUUAAGAUCCAGUUUUUUUGUACGCCUUCGAUUCCUCAUAAAUUCAACGAAUAUGCUCGCUAUCUCGUCGACUCUUUAUCGCGUCCCCCCGGGUCUCCCUCUCGUCCCAAUGUCUGAGAAAUCUGCAGCGGCAUCAUCCAUCAAGUCAUCAACCGAGGAUGUCACUCUAGCACUGGACCAGUACGAUCCGGAGCUAGUUAGGAAAACGUGGCGCAAGGUCGACUUACAUGUAAUGCCGAUUGCCGUACUACUUUAUCUUGCAUCCUACAUCGACAGGGCCAAUAUCGGAAACGCAAAAGUCCUAGGCUUAUCUUCCGCAUUACAUCUUACCAGCAAUGAAUACAACUGGGCGCUAUCCAUCUUCUUCAUCGGAUACUUUAUCUUCGAAACGCCUUCUCAAAUUAUUCUCAAGCGGAUCAGUCCGAGAUGGUACAUCCCCUCGCUGACGGUUCUCUGGGGCCUUACAUGUGCGCUACUCUCAUGUGUUCAGAGCUCAAGCGGCCUUUUGGCUGGGCGAUUCUUCCUUGGCUUUGUUGAAGCAGGUUUCCUUCCUGGUAUCGUUUACUGGGUUAGUUGCUGGUACCCACGUCCGAUGCAGGGUCGACGCUUUGGGGUGUUGUACUCGACAGUUUCGCUCACAGGUGCAUUUGGAGGAUUGCUGGCCACGGCAAUUCAUGCGUUGAAUGGUACCCACGGCAUCGCGGGCUGGCGAUGGAUUUUCAUCGUCGAAGGCGUGAUUACCGCCGGCUUCGGACUUAUCUCAUUUAUCUUCAUGUCCGCGUAUCCCGAGACUGCGUCUUUCCUCACUCCCACGGAGAGACGCAUCAUUUUAUUGUCGAACGCUGCGGAUCGUGCCCAGGCCGCCAACGACUCUGCUGCGUUCCAUAGUGCACAGAUCCGCUCGGCGUUCACGGAUUGGCGUGUCUACCUCUGGGGACUGGUCUACCUCGUGAACUAUAUUCCGGUGUACAGCGUAAUUUUAUCUUUGCCAAGUGUGGUGACUGGACUCGGUUACAAGGGUACGCGCGCGACGUUGAUGGCUUGCCCGCCGUAUGGUCUCGGGUUCAUCGCCGUUCUCAUCGCUGGGUGGACAUCGGACCGGUAUGGGUUAUUCUACUGGCACUACGUAUUCGGCGUGUCUGUGACGAUGAUCGCGCUCAUUGUCCUGAUGGCCGUGAAGAACCUCGUCGUACGCUACGUGAUGUUCUUCCUCGUCAUGUUCAUGUUCGUACCCAUUUCAACUUGUUGGACGUGGCUCUCGGCCAACUUUGCUGGUCCUAACAAGCGCGCGGCUGCCACUGGUAUCGUCUUCUCGAUGGGUAACAUCGGUGGCACAAUUUCCGGCCAGAUCUAUCGCUCCAACUGGGCACCACGCUAUGUGCAAGGACAUGCCAUAAACCUCGCGUGUUAUGCGAUUGCGUUCGUAGCUGGCACUGGCUUGUGGUGGACGUACCGAACCGAUAAUGCGAGGAGGGACAAGGCGGAGGAAGUGAAUGCCGAGAAUAGCGAGAAGGGGCAGGUGCACGCUCAGGUCUACGAGCACGGGCACGGGCAACAGCAUGACCUGAUUGGUGAAGACUUGGGCGAUCUGGGCGAUAGACACCCUAGCUUCCGAUACUAUUACUAA